AUGUCUUAUGAAUCUUCUGUAUCUAGACUCCCUUCCCCACUGAAAGAUCUCGUCGUAACUUCGCAAGCAGAUGUCGGAAAGACUGAUUCCGACAAGGCUGAAGUAGCGCAGUGGAUUGAGAAGGUUGCGGGAGGAGAGGUUGCUCUUCCGGAUCUCGAGACCCAACUUGUCCCCCGCACAUAUAUCGUGAGCAACUAUCUUACUGCAGCAGACGUUGCUCUAUACGGAGCACUGCACCCAGUAUUUACGCAACUACAACCUAUCCACCUCUACCCUGCAGUCACGCGUUACUUCGACCAUAUCCAAACGAGACCAUCUGUGCUGACUGCGGCAAAUGCAUUGUCUCCAGCAUUUUCUUCUGUUUCCUUUGACUUCGCAUCUGCCCCUCCAAUUGAGAGGAAAGCGGAUGCACCGAAAAAGAAAGAGAAGGCCGCAGCUGUGGCGGAGCAGGUCGAACCGACCGUUGUAGCGGAAUCAAAGGACGAUAAAUCACCUGAAAAUAAACCCAAGGAGAAGAAAGAAAAGAAGAAGGAUGCAGCCGCUGCGGACAACGGAGGCAAGAAAAAAGAGAAGGCUCCUGUUGGCGGCAAAGUUGCUGCUGAUGAUGCUGGUGAACCCAUGCCUUCAAUGAUUGAUAUGAGGAUUGGUCACAUUAUUGACGUGAAAAAGCACCCCGAGGCUGACAGUUUAUAUAUCGAGCAAAUUGACCUCGGUGAGGACACUGGUCCACGAACAGUUGUUUCUGGUCUCGUGAACUACAUACCUAUCGAAGAAAUGCGGGACAGGUACCUGUGCAACUUGAAACCGGCGAACAUGCGUGGAGUGAAGAGCUUUGCGAUGGUUCUAGCUGCAACAUCAAAGGAUGGGAAGGAUGGUGGCGUUGAACUUAUCCAACCUCCGCCCGGAUGUAAGCCAGGUGACCGGGUUUACUUUGAGGGCCCCGAUUAUGAAAAUGCCCAGCCGUUGGCUCAAAUGAACCCCAAGAAAAAGAUAUUUGAGACAAUUCAGCCAGGAUUCACGACGCUAGAUACGAAGGAAGCGGCGUGGAUCAACCCGGUAACCAAAUCAGUUCACAGGAUCCGUACCAAGGACGGUAUUUGCGUCGCUCCAAACUUUAUUGGAGCAUCGUUAUCAUAG